AUCAAGCGACUCUGCCGCCCUACCUUCGCUUCAGACCUGCAGUUUUUUUCUUGUGCAAUGGACGGCCGCCUAGACGCUGACUUGUACCCUCUGGGAUCCGGCUACGUCCCUGAAAUUGACAGUGUCCAUGACAUAUCAGUAGGCACAAAGAGGGGAUCUGACGAACUCUUUUCUUCCUGCAUAUCUAACGGGCCCUAUAUCAUGAACUCAGCCAAUGGCAACGAUAGCAAAAAAUUCAAAGGUGACGUCCGCAGUCCUGGUGUACCAUCACGUGUGGUCCACGUACGCAAGCUUCCCAACGACAUAAAUGAGGCAGAAGUUAUUGGCUUGGGAUUGCCCUUUGGGAAGGUCACUAAUCUGCUAAUGCUGAAGGGGAAAAAUCAGGCGUUCUUAGAACUGAACAGCGAGGAGUGUGCACAGACGAUGGUGAACUACUAUUCCUCUGUCACUCCCGUCAUCAGAAGCCACCCCAUUUACAUGCAGUACUCGACUCACAAGGAGCUCAAGACGGACAACUCCCCCAACCAAGUACGUGCACAGGCAGCUCUGCAAGCAGUCAACGCACUGCAUGGAGGUGGAAUGGGAGCCAUGGCCAUUUCCACAGAAGCAGCUACCAUGGCAGGAGCAGGGGCUCAAAGCCCUGUACUGAGAACCAUUGUGGAAAACCUUUUCUACCCUGUCACCCUGGAUGUGCUUCACCAGAUUUUCUCUAAGUUUGGUACCGUGCUGAAGAUCAUCACUUUCACCAAGAACAAUCAGUUCCAGGCUCUGAUCCAGUAUGCUGAUGGCAUGACUGCACAGCAUGCUAAACUGUCUCUGGACGGACAGAACAUCUACAAUGCCUGCUGUACCCUGAGAAUAAGCUUCUCCAAGCUCACCAGCCUCAAUGUCAAGUACAACAAUGAUAAGAGCCGAGACUACACCCGACCAGACCUCCCAACUGCUGAUUCACAGCCUUCUAUUGAUCACCAGGCGAUGACCGCUGCUGCAUUUGCUGCGCCUGGCAUAAUCUCCGCCUCUCCGUUUGGAGGAGCCCAUGCCUUCCCCCCAACCUUUGCCUUUCAACAGGGAGUUAAUUUCCCCCACGUAGGUCUGUCGAUGCCUGGUAUCCCCGGUGCCCUGGCGUCCCUUGGUGUUGGCCACGGCGGCAUGGCGGCUGCAGCGGCGGCUGCCAGCCGACUCGGCCUCUCAGGGCUCACAGCCACUGGUGGACACAAUGUGUUGUUGGUCAGCAAUCUGAACCCUGAGAGCGUUACGCCACACUGCCUCUUUAUUCUUUUCGGUGUUUAUGGCGAUGUGAUAAGAGUGAAGAUCCUGUUCAACAAAAAGGAGAAUGCUCUGAUCCAAAUGUCUGAUGGCACACAGGCUCAGCUAGCAAUGAGCCACCUGAACGGUCAGCGGCUGCACGGCAGAGCCAUGCGCGUCACGCUGUCGAAGCACACCACGGUGCAGCUACCUAGAGAAGGCCACGAGGAACAGGGCCUCACAAAGGACUACAGCAACUCGCCACUGCACCGCUUUAAGAAGCCCGGCUCCAAGAAUUACUCCAACAUCUUCCCACCCUCUGCAACACUCCACCUCUCUAACAUACCGCCUUCUGUGGUGGAGGAUGACCUCAGGAGACUGUUUGGCAGCUCAGGAGCCACAGUCAAGGCCUUCAAAUUCUUUCAAAAAGACCGCAAGAUGGCCUUGAUCCAGAUGGGCUCAGUCGAGGAGUCAAUUGAGUCCCUCAUUGAGUUCCACAACCACGACCUGGGAGAGAACCACCACCUUCGAGUGUCCUUCUCCAAGUCCACCAUCUGAGUGCCUUUCCCCUCCCUCCAAAUCUAUUACCGCCUGAAUGCAACCUUUAUCAAGUUCCCAUUCAGUGGAAAUAGAACCAUAACAUGUUUGUGGCUGUGUUUCUGUGCAGAGUGUUGCUCCCUCCUCCAUUAGUCAUUCCCCGUCAUUAAUGGGUUUGGGUAUCGUGUAAUUCCAAAUAUUUUCACAAGUUCUACACAAAACUUUUUGUAUUUCGAAUAUUUUAGACGAUGCAAAGAAUAGUCGUUGCUGUUUUUACUUAUUUUUUUUGUGUUUUCAGCGACACACGCUUGCUCUAGCUGAUCCUGUGGCAUUACAGUGUGACUUACAGGAUGUAGAUGAAUUCAAGUGGCUUUUUUUUUUUUCUUUUCUUACUUCCACUUCUGGCACAUUAUCAUUUUUCAAAAUCCCCAAGGCUACAGUAAACAGCAGCAUUUUUCAGACUGAAAAUGGCAAGUGGUAACAAAGAUUGUUAGGAAUUGUGCAUAGUUGCCGUUUUUUUUUUUUACUUUGCAGGUAAUUUAAAAUGAGCCCCACACAGCUCUCUCUCUUUUUUUUUUAUAGGGCACAAUUACAGCAGCCUGGAUAUAUCACACAUACAUGUAUACCUGUUGAUGUAAACAAAAAAUAGUCCAAAUUUAGAAAUAAUCAAAGCACAUUUUUCAUCCUAUCCUUUUGUAUAAAUCAGGUAACCCUCUGUCCCCAAACUGAUAAAUGAUUUGUUCCAUCAUCGAUAUUUAAGAGCACUGGGACACGGACAACAUUCUCCACAGAAACAUAUCAAAACUUAAUCUGCGUCGAGGUUAAGUCGAGAAAGCUGAUGAACUGACACUUUAGACCAAAAGAAGACAGACAAGACCCCCCUCCUCCACCGCAGACCGUGGAUGAAUCUGAUCCACAACCAACAUGCGUCAUUCCUCAUAUGAUAGCCGUGUGGAUAUCUCUUUUCUCUGUGUGUGUGUGUGUGCCUUCUAGAAAUACUGCUUCAAACCUGUUUGGCCAGUCUGUGAUGGUUUGAAAUGAUGAUUUUUGUUUUGGCUCACGGACCCAUCCAAUGGCUUUUCUCCCAGUGUCUUUUUUUUUUUAAAUCCUGUAACGACCCACCUUUUCUUUGGGGGAACCAUACCACUAUUUGAAGUUGUUCAAUACAAUAAGAGCAUCCAUGCUCUUGUGCCUUACACCCCCCCACCACCACCACCAUCACCUACCAGAUUGCCUUUAAUCACAGCUCUGGCUUCAUUUGGAAAUGAUGUGUUUCUCUUUUGUUAUUUCCCUGUUCCAUGCCUCGUUACCAGCAUUGUAAAGAUGAGGGGAAAGUGGCCCAUUCAGUCUUCAGUUUCUUCUUAUCUAUGGAUUAAUAUGCAUAUAGCCUCAUUAUAAAUAUAUAUAUAUAUAUAUGUAGAAACUAUGAAUGUAAGUCAGUUAGAUGCCUAAUAACCCUUGCUAGGAGAUGUAGCUCUAUUAGGUGUAUCAUUACAGGAGCAGAGCUGUUUCAGCCUCCUUGUCCCACAGUCCCCGCCCACCUCCACGUCGACAAAAACGGUGGUCGGGGCCUCAUUUAACCAUAUUAUGUUCAUCUGUAUGUGGACGCAUAUAUUCAUUUAUCUUUUUCUUUUUAAAUGUUAGCAUUUACAUGUGUAUAACUUCUAAGCUUAACUGGUAAUCUAUUUGUAGUUGGUUGGGUUUGAUCAUUAUCACAGUGCCUUGAGUGCUUUUGAGUUUGUUUUUUUUUUGUAAAUCUGAGGCUGAGACACUUUGCCGCCUGGUCAGUUGACGUCUGUUGUUUACCUCUUCAUCCAGCUGUUUUCGUCUUACAACAAUGCCUUUAUCCCAUUACGUUCAGGUAAUCAUACCCACGAGAGGGCAGCUGGGAGGCAUUUGUCAACUGAUGGUAACAUUUGUCUUAAACUGUGUCGAGGAAAAAAAAAAAAAAAAAUCCCAGUAUAUUUUUCUCUUAAAUUCAGGAUAACAGGAUUUUCAUGGUGGAGUAAAUCCCAUCCAUCCCCUGUCUGUGUCCGCAAUCAGGUUCUUUAGUGCACUUUUCCUCAACGAUAGGUCCAAGUUGUUCACCAUCACGCUGAAGUCUUAAAACACGUCACAUUCCUGCGUGCCUCCGAGCACCGUUUUUUUUGUUUUUCACAGCCCGGACCACUGUAGUCUUGGACCAGAUGCAGAUUUUGCUCUGUCUCUAUUUUUGUAAGAUUGUUAUGCAUGAUUUAACAAGUCUUUCGUGUAGCUUACAGACGGUUAUUGCUGUUAAGGACCAAAGUAUCUUCUGUCCCUGCUGUUUUGUAGUGUUGUGAUUUCUUCAAAGGUUUUUUUUUGUCACAUUCCUGCUUUUCUAUGAAAAACACAAGGCUUUGAUUUCCUUAUUUUCUGUUUUCUCAAAGCGCCUUGGACAAGUGUCACCUGAGUUUUUGGGUAACAUCACAUACUGUAUUUUCUAACCCCCCCGUUUGAUUGACUUUACAGAGACCCGUAUAUGGGUAGAGAUCACUUUAGAAUGGAUACUUAAUUGAUCCACAGUCCUAGCUGUGAUGUUGACAGUGUAGUUCAUACACCUUUUCAGUCUUUUUGUUCAAAAGCUUUUAUUUUUCUUUUUUUUUUAUGUGAGGGCGGGCUGGGGUUAUUGUAUGAAGCGGGUUUGAUGGUUGUAUAUAUUCGUGUUUUUGUACCACAAAAUCAUUUGGAUUAUAUCCACUCUACGUUCAAAACAUGUAUAUUUUGAUAAAACAAUACAGACCUUAUUGAGCUCUUCCGGAGCUGUAAAAACAACAAAACUUUUUGUAACACAAAGUCAUUAAAUCUAUCUGAACACA